UUCGCCAGCCUCGAGGGCUCGUUCGACGAGAGUUGAAUUGCGCCGAAUUGGGGUCGAUUUCCGAGCGCUGGCGCUGGUGCACCGAUUCUCGAAGGCAGAUCUGCAGCGCUGGGCGAGCGGGGGCGGUCGAGGAGCAGGCGUCAUGCUUCGGCUUGCCGUGUCUUAUGGACAAUUGGACUCUAUCAGGCAUCCGUUGUUUUGACCUGUGCACGUGUAUUCGGGUCUGCUGCCGCCGUUGAGGUCUGUAUCAGCGAGCGUGAGGGCGUGACAAAGAUAGAGGAAUGAGACGAAGCGGGAGCACGAAGCCCAGAGUCCGAGUGGUCUGGGAUGAGCAAAACUUGGACUUCUUAGAGGCCAACAAGACUCCCAAGCAGAAGAUCACUGAACCGAAGACACCCUAUCAUGCUCCUGAAGCUGAAGAUGAAAAACGAUUCAGAAGGUGGCAUUGCUUCCAAGACUCCUUGGGACAGGCCUUCAAUAGCUUGGCUAUAGAAGAGCUGGACUCUAGGGAGGUUGGAGCAAAGAAUAAGGAGUGGGGUGAGAGGAGGGUAGGAGGCGGAGUGGGACUUAAAACCAGUCAGGGCUCUAGUACAAGCUUUUCCGCAUUGGGCUUUCUUUGGGAUAUCAACAGCACUGACGUACUCCGGCAGAGUUGAAUAUGAAACAGCUUGGUGCCGAUUGUCAGUACCGUGGAAGCUGACUUAGAGCCCAGCAGAUACCAGUUUAUCUCUUGAGAAUAGUUUUCUUAGUUGUGGAGUGCUAGCUCCCUCUCCCGAAGUGUUUGCUUGAUGGGGCUCAAGCGCAACAGUAUUCCUUCUCUGCUUGCGGUGUUAAGAAUACCGUCAAGCGAAACCCACGGACUACGGGAGCUUCACUUAAGGGCAACAAUCCCAGCGUUUGGCAUGCAUGUCCAACGCCUCUCGACUCUUGAGUUUUCUCAGAGGAAAAGAAGUAACAUUUCAGGCAGAGUUUUAUAUCGUAGCCCUAGAGCCUUUUUGAAAGGGCUUGGCUUUUAUAUGAAAGAAAUAAUCUAAACGGUUGUUCUACUCCCCUCCAAUUUCUUAAGGCCUCUUGCUCCAAUGUAUCACAAUGCCCUUGUGUCGAAUUCACGUUGCAUAAGUAAAUUCCCGUGCUCGUGGUGCCCAUGUGAUGGAACCGCUCUCGAGGGCUCAUCCACUCUAUAGCUGACAAGCAAGCUUACUUACCCAAGAGUACCAAUGCACAAAUUUCAGACCGAAAGGAUCACAUAUAUUGAAUUCUGGAAAGACUCAGUAUUUGAUAACUCUCAACGAUUUUCUCCCACAUUUCUUGUUAUGUUGAUUCUCGAAGUCCUUUGGUUCAGUUUUGUGGUCCUUAAAGGCCAUUUGAGAACGUAAUAUUAGGAGUUCCCACAGAGCCCGAAGUUUCUCCUACAGCAAGAUUUUACAGUUGUGAAACAUCAACAUGAAGCCUCAUUUACUUUGUUCUGUUGCUGAUUGGCUCAAAAUAAGAGAACUUGGACAGACCGCUCCAGAACUGGCGCGUUUGGAAGAGCAAGUCGUCACUGCGGAGCAUUCCACAUGCAGUGACCGGACGUGCGCGCCAACCCACUGGUUAGACAACCUCGCCAGUUUCGUCGAAACUCCCUUCGAAAGCGCAUUCGGGGACCUUGUCAAUGGUCCUCUGCUCCUGAAAGGUCACCGCAGAUGAUGGCGAUCAUAUGCUGGAGAUAGUAACCCUCUUCAUCAAAAUCUGCUUUCAUAUUGCAGGGCUAGUGAGCCCAAGUCCAAAUGACGAAUGUACACUUAUGGCGGAUGCUGUACACGCCGAGGCCAUACGACAUGCCCUUUCAGAAGUGGCGGCGUCGAGCAAUGAUGAAGCAGGUUGCAGUCGACCCCGACCACGAGGCGGUGGCUGGACAUCAUCUGAGGAUGAGGCAGAGGAGAUGGACCACGAUAUUGAAGGUGAUUGUGAUCGCCCCGUGGUGUCUGUAUUACCACCUGGCAGGCCAUUUGCAGAUUGUGGCAACUUGGCAGCAUAUGGAACCUCUUUAGUGGACCUGAUUGCUAGUCAUAUUCAUGAUCAAAUACUUGGACACAUUGACUAUAUUGAAGAUGGAUUUGAGUCAAAUGGGCGUCGCUGGAGCUUUGAGGAACAGCGGCGCGCUCACUACGAUGAGUACAGGAAAGCGAAAAUGCUCAAUGGGCAGGAGAUAAGCGAUGAGGAUGAUAACCAUAUUGGUGAACAUCAUCGGGACAGACACUUAUUGGUUGGCAGCAGUAGUCGGUCUAAUCAGGAUCAAGAGGCAAACCUGAGUAGAAGUCUGAGUGGUAUUGACUUGGAAGAGACCCAGCAAUGAUUGGUUUCUCACUCUUGCAGUCAUGAGAUAUAUAAAUGCCAAGGUUUGCUGCCAAACCAGAGUCGGAGAACUUAGUUUAUCUGCUUUUGAUAUACGAAUAUAUGGCAAAUCCCAAGCGCAUUUCGAUCCCCACUAGACUCCCGCAUUUCCCAAGAACUCUGAAACUGUACAACGUCACAGAAUUCUGCGAAGGAAGAUCAUCUGUCAAGAGCAAGAUCCGGGAUUCCGUCCCAUUUGGAAGUGUUUAUAUAACAGAUUCGGGCUUUUGCUGUGAUAUCCCCCUUACGUCAGAAUCAGUCUCG